AUGACAGGCAUGCCAUUUAAAAUCUUCUUCUUAACAUUUCUUCUCAAUUAUGUGUACUGCCUCGAGGUCGCCCCGGACUCUGGCUGUUCUGAUCUAUGCGUCGACAUAAUUGGUCCUGCGACAAACAUUUCCAGUCCGUUCGCUUCCGGCACAUUCCCAACAGACCUAGUAUGCGAAGAUUCUCAGAUAAAUGGCACUGACGUUGCGGCCGUGGGGCGUAAAUGGCAGCAAUGCGUGUCAUGUGAGGCGAGCAGCGAUACCUCCUCAUCUGGAAUAAACAACGACAACGAGACGGAUGUCUUCUGGUUUAUCUUUAAUGUUCGCUAUAAUUUUGACUGGUGUGUGUUCGGAUAUCCCAGCAACAAUGAGACAACGACAGCCGCGAAGGCCUGUGGGCAAAUAUGCGACGCGAUUCUCGACCCUAUGACCAACAAACUCUUUACCGAGUCGCAGAGCAAUCGUUACGAAUACUGCACGCGUAAUGACGGCGCGUUCACGGACCACGCGACGAGUUGCCAACAGUGUCUCGAGAAAGUGGAAGGUGCCUCAAUUCUAGCGAAUUACAUCAAGGCCCUUCAGAUUGUCUGUGAACAGCGACCGGCAAUGGGUAAACCGCUGGAACUUGGGUUCAACAUUUUUGCGACUAGCUCCUCCACGUCCGUAACGACUAGUGCGACCAUCAGUACAGCUAGUGCUGCGAAGACAGAUUCCAACCAGUACGAAAGUAACAGUCGCGUCAAAAUUGGAGUCGGUGUCGGAGUUGGAGUCGGAGGUGCCAUCUUGCUGACGGCCGUGGGGCUCUUUCUCUGGAGACGUCGAAAAGUCACUAGCAAUAUUAAUUCUGGUCAACGGAUCAAAUCUUACAUCAUACCCGAACAACGUCAAUGCGAAGAGCUGGAGGUACCCGAGCGCAAGGGAUUUGUGGUCGAGCUCGGGCCUGGAGGAAAACAUCAUGAUUCACACGAGUUGGAAGCGCGGUGA